GAGAAGCGGAAGGAAGAAAGAGGACGAGUCGUGACUCAGGAGCGAGUGAGAUUAUCCGCAACUCGUGAGCUGAAGCAAAGGGAAAGGCGAUGGAUGUGUAUUCAUGGGUUCGACGCAGCCUAUCCAGAAGCAAACGGACAACUCUACCGGCGGGAGAAAAAAGCAAAGAGUGCCUUAAAAACGAUGGAGAAGAACACCAACUUUACGGCGUCACCGAAGCAUUAAUCGAAUUUAUCAAAUCUUUCUCAGUUGAAACCUUCAGAAACUUCUCUCUUCCAGAUGAAGAGAGAGCUGCUUCCGAGGAUAGUGAAGGAACUUCCGGCAACAUCCGGCAGGAUCUAUCGGAUUGGCAACAGCACCAUGCUUUGCUUGUUCUGUCCAAAGUCAAGGAACUAGCACAGCUGAGAUUUAAGUUAUGCCCACGUUGUUUGAAAGAGCAGCAGUUCUGGACAAUAUAUUUUAUACUAGUUAAGAGCUAUGUGGCUGAAUAUGAACUGCAAGCUGUGCGACUAGCAAGAUUAAAGCAGAUGAGUAUGGAAAACGAAAGCAUUCCGGAUGUUUCUACAUGUGAAGUUGAAAUGCUGGAAACCAAGCAAAAGACACAUUCAGCGCAUGAAAUUUCUUUGGAGGAUAGUGACUGCCAUGACAAUAUUAAAAAUUGAUAUUUAGUUUAGUUGCCAGAAUUAAGAGCAAAUGGUGGUGAGAAGUACUUGAGGAGGUAGAAUUCAAAGGUUUGGCCCACUUGUUUACUGCAACUUCUUGGAAAAUGAGAAUGUAAAAAACACUGAGCUAGUGAAAAUUACUCCUUGUCUUCUUUUGUUGUCAUGAAUCUUAAGUACUGUAAUAGUUCCAGUAUGCACAUGACCACAACUUAACAAAGUUACAAAGAGGUGAGAAAAAAAUAAGGGGGCUGCAGAAUACAGGUAAACAGGGCAAAAGUAGUCUCUUUAUUUUACCCUUUUGUGUCACACAACAUUUGGGAAAUUGUUACUUAACACCGUGGAAGGAUACUAGCUCUCUGCUUUCUGUUGCUGGUAGGUAAAACAGUGCUAGGUGAUGUGGCAUGUCUGUAUUAGAGAAACUGGCUCUUUGCCAUUUCUUUACAUCUUAAGCUGCAUAAGUUUGAAGCUCAUGCCUAAUAGUAAGUUCACUACAAUGUUGAAAAGAUAAUGCAUCUUAUACUUUCAAAUCUA